AGCAUUUCCUGCCCUUUAGAAAUAGAAAGCAGUCGUUUAUAGAAAAUAAAAAACGAACCCAAAAAAAUGGCGAGCACUCUCUUGACAGCUCCUUGCUUUCUGUCUCUGCAAAAUAGAGAAGUGGAUGGAUUUUUGAGGAGCUUCAGGAGCCCAAAUUAUGACAAAGUGAAGUAUAACCAAGGUUUACUGAGAACAAGAAAUAGUGGCACCAAUGGUGGUGGCUCCCUUGUUUUGGCCUCGGUGUUUGGAAGGAAAGUCAAGAGCACACAGACUGUGAUCCCCGAGCCAGAUUACCGAAUUCCAAUUGUUCUACUAGGUCUAUCUGGUGGGUUAGCUUAUACAAAUAAUCUUUUACCAGCUGCGCCCAUCGGUCUCCUUGGAUUACUCCUAUUGUUUCAGACUACUAGAGUUAGAUUUGUCUUUGAUGACGAGGCUCUGGAAGUAAAAGUAGGAGAGCAGCUUCAGAAUUCAGGUGAAAAUGUCUUCGUGGGUGGAAAAAAUCGUUGGAAAUACUCAACGUUUGUGAAUUGGGAGCUUUGGUGGCCAAAUUUCCCUAUUCUGGUGUAUUUUAAGGAGAGGCAAACAAAGCCUGAAGGACAAGUUCACUUCUUUCCAGUGAUAUUUAAUGGGAAGCAACUUUAUGAUGUGAUGUUGGAGAGAGCUGGCCCUUCCCAAACCAGUGGGCCAAAAGAUUCUUGAAGGCAGGAGCAUUGUGGUUACAACUAUUCAAUUCUGCUAUCUGAUAGCAAAGAUGUUAUCUUCUGAGGUGACAUCUUUUUUUAGUUAACUUAUAGUAUACAUUACUUUGGUGCCAUAGUCACCAGCUCAAACUAUGCUGUAUUCUUUUGAACAUUCUAUUCUAUGUGAUGUAUAAUACUACCAAUUUUAUGCAUGGAAGUCCAGUCAGAGAUCAAAAGUAUACAAAAUGAAACUUGCAUAUCA